UCCGGGGGUGGGGGGGACUGUCUACCCCGCGGUGGAGGUGGUCCGAGUUCCGCUGACGUCCGCCGCACAGAGCAGCGGGGCCGCGGCCACCAUGGCGUCCGGCGGCGCUCGCGGCCUGGUGCAGUGCUGGGAGCUGCUCCUCAGCGCCGUCGCGCUGUCGCUGCUGCUGCUUUCGGCGGCCGCGGCUCAGCAGCCGUCCGGAGGGGCUUGCUCUCAGAACACUAACAGAACCUGUGAGGAGUGCCUGAAAAAUGUCUCCUGUCUUUGGUGCCACACCAACAAGGCGUGCUUGGACUACCCGGUGAGCAGGAUCCUGCCGCCCAGUUCCCUCUGUAAGCUGAGCUCUGCACGCUGGGGCGUUUGCUGGGUGAACUUCGAGGCGCUGAUCAUCACGCUGUCGGUGGUGGGGGGGGCCGUCCUCCUGGCCGUGGCCGUGUGCUGCACCUGCUGCUGCUGCCGGAAGAACAGGAGCCGGAAGCCCGAUAAGAGCGAGGAGAAGGCGGCGCGGGAGCGCGAGGAGCGCAGGAUCCGGCAGGAGGAGAGGAGAGCAGAGAUGAAAUCAAGACAUGAUGAAAUCAGAAAAAAAUACGGUUUGUUUAAAGAAGAAAACCCAUAUGCCAGGUUUGAGAACAACUGAGAGCACACCCCACCCCGGGACGCGGUGCCGGUCAGCGGAGCCCCUGCCCCGCCGAGAGCACAAGUGCGUGGCCGCCUGCACCUGCGAGCUUCUGUCCCCUUCUCUGUAUCUCUACUCAGUCACUCAAGACACUAAGCCCUUCGGGGGGUGGGGGUUGGUUUUGGUUUGGUUGCUACUUUGAGGAGGAAAGACAAACAGUGCACCACUCGAUCAGUCGGUAAGCCACCUGCAGGCGGAGCCGCCCACCUCUCCUUCCGUGCCGGCGGGGCAGGAAGGGCGUCUGUCACCCGGCCAUUGCCCCGUGAGCCCAGCGGCGUCUGGGUGCUGCGCGCUGACUCAGGACGCGCUCUCACCCCAGCUGCGCGGAACAGCACCGAGGGCGGGGGGUCCUGCUCACCUUGGGUCUGUGUUGCGUUUCAUUUCAUUUUAGAUAAUUCUUGGAUUUCCUUCCUCCACCUGAAACAUUUCACCAAAAAACUUGACUGUCAAAGUUCAGAGCACUUAUUGGACAGUUUUUAAAUUUUCAUUUGUAUCUUUACCAGAACAUCACGGUUUUUUCCCAGUGAAAACUUGAGUAACAAAUGAAGCUUGAAAGCCGCCUCUCCGGGGCGCCACAGCACUGACGCGGAGCCGCAGGGCCCGGGGAGGCCGCCGCCGCCCCGCUCUCGCCUUCCCUCCUGUUGGCAGCAGCCGUUGGGCCCUGUGUGGGGAGGCGCCCGUCUCGUGCCCGUCAGGCUGGCUGCACCGCGGUCACUGAGGGGCCUGGGUUGUCCCCAAAGAGGGAGGGACCGAGCACCAGUGGCGCGCCCCCCCCCCCCCCGCGGGGCUCUCUGCCCACCGGGGAGGCGGGUGUCCAGGUCGGCGGGAGGGAUUUCCACGUGCUUGUCCAACGAGCCCCGUCCUGGAACCGCGCUCCUUGGGGCGUGUGGUGCAAGCUCCUGCAGAGGCAGCUUCUCGGGAGGCUGCCCGUGGCCUCCAGGCGCACCCUGCCGUGCCUUCUGCGGCCGUUCCGCCCCUUUCAGAUCCAGAUCCAGGACCGCGGUGAAUGGACCGAGCGCUUCGUGUCAGGGGCGGCCGCAGUGACGUAACUGUGCGAACAGCCUUCCUUCAGUGUGAAAAUAGGCCCAGGUGCCACACUGCUUCGGAUUAGGAAGACGUUUAGCUUGGGGAAAGUGGGUCGACAGGCACCUACGAAAAUGACAUGUUUGGCUUUUGCCCUUGUGACCGCACAGAGCCCGCUCUCUCGGGCGACCGGUGCAGUGCCCGCCGCGGCGGCCAGUGCUGUCCUGGAAUUUCCACCAGCUGGGAAACCAACCUCGCCGGACUCCGUUACUGUCUUUCUGACUUCUUGGGCGUUUGAUAGCAGUUUAAAGUACUAUGAAACAUUCCUAAGUAUUUUAUAGCAGCCUGCACCUUUUGUCUUACUGUUUAUUCAGCAGAGAAACUUUGUAACAGACUUCAGCAACCCUUGUGUUGGCGCAGUAGUACUCUGUAAGCUCGCUCGCGCCGUGUCUUGGUUCUGGGUUGCUGAGCUCCCUGUUCUUCCAUACCUGAGCUCCCUCUUCUUCCAUACUGUGUAUGUAAUCCCAUCAUGGGGUCCUCAGCCCACACCAGGCCGUCUGGAGGGCUGUCUUAGGCCCUACGCUUUUUUCUGAAAUAGUCCUAAGAGCAGCCAUAUAUACGUAACCUCAAGGAAACCAGGAAGCUUGGAGUGCCUUAAUUUUAACCAGUUUCCGAAAAAUGGUUUAAUACAUACUUCGUUGAAUACA